AUGUCAUUGCUCGAUUUACCAAACGUUGUUCUAGUUAAAAUAUUUAAAAAUGUUGGCAUCUAUGAAACGGUUCGUCUCUUUUAUAAAUGUCGAUCAAAACGUAUUAAACCCGUAUUAAAUGAUCCAUCUAUUUGGUCAUAUGUACAUUUAUCUAAUUCAUUAUUACCAUCAAUUAAUUAUGAAAUAUUUGACUAUUUUUGUCAAUUAUUAAUAUCAAAUCAAUUAUAUGUUCAAACAUUGAUUAUUGAUAAUGAUUUUGAAGAUAUAUGUCGACAAUUAUUGUAUAAUAAUGGUUUUAAUUUAUUUAAUUUUCGUUCAUUAAAACAUUUAAUUAUUAAUAAUGAACAAAUUUUAUUAAAAGAACAACAUUGUCUAUUUUCAAAAUGUUCAUCAACAUUAGAAACAUUGAAAUUAAAUGAAAAUUAUACUAAUGAUAAAUGUGAUUUAAAAAAAUUUCCAUAUUUAACUAAUUUACAAUUAACAAUUUAUAAUAAUAUUGAUCAUCAAUCAUUUCAACAUUUAAUUGAGUUAAAUAUUAAAAUAAUGUUUGAUUAUUCAAGUCGUGAUGUAUUUUCUCGUUUAAAUCAAUGUUAUCAAUUACGUAUAUUUAAAUUAAAUUUUUUAUUACUUAAUGAUAUACAUUUUUCUUAUGAAUUUGAACAAUUUUUAUUUAAAUGUUCAUCAAUUGAAUUUAUUUAUUUAAAUUAUUUAAAUGGUAUAUGUCAAUUAAUCGAUAUUUAUUUAAUAAUAUUUAGAAAAACAAAUUUAAAACGUUUAAUUUUAAUUAAUAUGAUUGAUUAUAAUCGUAUGAAAAUGAUCAUGAAUAAUAAUCAAUUAUAUAUACCAAAUGAAUAUUUUCAAAUUAUAUUACCAAAUAAUAGUCGAUCAUUACAAACAUCGUCCAAUUAUUCAUGUAUAAGAAAUGAACUAUGGUUUAAACGAAAUAUUAUUUGUAUUGAUUACAUACAAUGUUAUACAACAUCAAUGAAUUUAUAUAAUAAAAUAAUAAAUAAUAAUUCAAUUUCAACAACAAUUUCUUGGUCAGAUAAACAACCACAAACAUUUGAACUUUAUAUAUUACGUACAAUUUAUAAUACAUCUUAUUUACAUUUAAUUCAAUCUCUUACAAUUUCUAAUGUACAAUUAAGUUAUAAUGGACUAUUUGUUUUAAUUACACGUUUAGAAAAUUUAUUUAAAAUAACAAUGUCUCAUAUUAAAAUUGAUCAAAUGGGUUAUGCUUUUAAUGAUAUUAAAACACAAAUAUGUGAACAUAAACAAAUAAAUAUGAUAAGUCAUUUAAAAGAAUUAAUAAUGAAACAUAUACAAAUGUCACCGAGAACAAUGAUACAAUUAUGUUUAAUUUUAAAAUAUAUUCGAAUAUUAUCUAUGGAUGAUGUUCAAUUAUUUAAACGAAAAAAAGGAAAAGAUACACGUAUAACAAUAUUAACAAUUAUGAAACAAACAUUUAUGUAUACAAUGAGUAAUAAAUGGAAUUUAUUACAUACAUUUAUAUUAGGAAAAAAUAUGAUUCAAAAACAACAAGACAUUGAUUUAUUGUUGACAAAUGGUUAUUCUUUUAGAUUAAAUCAUCUUCGAAUAACUUUAGAAUUAAAUUUUGAAUAUCAACAAUUAUUUCUCAAAUCAAUGAAAAAAAUAUUAAAAAAUUAUUCAAAAUUAACAUGUUUAAUACUGGAUAUCAGACCGGAUAAUAAUAAUAAUAAUAAUAAUAAUAAUAAUUUAAAAUUUAGUUUAGAACAGUUAAUUGAACAAGUUAGAAAAUCAAACGUUAAAUGUUAUAAUAAUAAUAAUAGUUCAAUUUAUCGCUAUUGUUUUGAUAUUGAUCAAAAUGAUGAUGAAUUUUUGAUUGAAGAAGAAUAUUUUUAUAAAAAAAAGAGAACAUUGUGUGGCAUACCAAUACAAAAUCGAAAACAGAAAAAUUAA